CUUCUCUGCUGAAGGCAUCAAUCAGUUCGUCGUUGCACUUAGUUAUGUACAGAUGCACUACCUGUCGGUGAUUAUUUGCAUACUUUUGCUACCAACCGCUCCCGGUAGGAAGGAUUCCAGUCCUUUCAUCGUGGAAGAAGAGGAUGGUGUGUUGCUUGUUCCGCAACUUAUCCGAAAAUAUGGCUAUCAAAUGGAGGAGCACGAGGUCCGAACGGAGGACGGCUAUCUGCUGUCGGUGUAUCGAAUUCUCGGCCGUGGUGACACCAGGAAGAGCCCCAUUCUGAUGAUGCAUUCCUUGUUCAGUAGCUGCGCGGAUUGGGUGGCGAUUGGACCGAAGAAUGCAUUGGGUUACCUGCUCGCGGAUCGCGGAUACGACAUCUGGCUGGGUAACGCACGUGGAAAUCGUUACGGACGGAAACAUGAGAGCCUCACUGUUGAUAUACCGGGCUUCUGGAAUUUCACCUUCCAUGAAAUUGCCGUUUACGACGUGACGGCAACGAUCGAUUACGUGCUGGAGCAGACAAACGCCGAGAAGCUGCAUUACAUCGGUUUCUCGCAGGGAACGCUGGUGGGAUUCGUGGCACUCAGCAGUCGGCCGGAGUACAACGAGAAGAUAAUCGAGGUGCAGCAACUGUCACCAGCCGUUUACAUCAACCGUAAUCUCAGUGUCAUCAUACGACUGCUGGUGUUCUUCGUUCGGGAAAUUGCUCUAGCGUACAACGCUAUCGGUAAGAAUGAUUUUCUUUCCCAUUUCGAUGGUCAGUAUGAGUUCUUCCGCAAGAUCUGUCCCGCACCUGAUCAAACCAUCUGUCGCGCGGUUGUCUAUGACGUUGCCGGGGCGAAUCCACAGCAGCUGGGAGUGAAAAUCGCACGAAUUUUCCUGGGUCACUUCCCGGCGGGGUCAUCCCUGAAGCAGGUGAUGCACAUCGCACAGCUCAUAAGGGAUGGCAUCUUCCGGCAGUACGAUUACGGGAAUUCGGCGCAGAACAUUGCCGCAUACGGGAGCCCUUCGCCACCACUGUACGAUCUGUCCCGCGUUACGGCCCCGGUUAGGAUCUACUACGGGUACAAUGAUAACGUGGUCAACUAUCGGAACAUACCCCGGCUGGAGCGGGAUUUGCCAAACCUGCUGAGCAGUUAUCCGGUGCCCGAUAAGCUGUUCAGUCACGUGGAUUUCAUACUGGCCAAAAACGUGCGCAAAGUGCUGUACAAAGAGAUUAUCAAGAAUGUGGAACGGGCCGAGCGAGAUUAUACUUUUGAGCCAUGAGCACUAAGCACAGGAUUCGAAUUUUUCAACGAUGUUACAAACGGAGACCAAAUGUUCAAUUAAAAUAUUUCCAAUUUAUACAGACAAAAACGCUGUUUUUCAGUGCCAGAGUUUGAGGCUCAGGUUCAGUGGUAUUCAAGUUCUAAUCCUCAGUACAAUGUUCUCAUAUGUUAUUGUUUUGUUUAGAUUUAAAUUAAUGUAAGUGGUUAAUGGUCAGUAAACGUUUUUUAAAUUUAUAUUUCCAA